AUACGGAUAAUUUUUCAAGGAUAGGGGAGAUGUAGAUGGGUCUUUUUUACGCAUAAGGGUGUGAUGGGCGUGCCGGGGCGGCGCGCGCGCCGACGACAGAAGCGUUCAACUCGCGCGCACCGCCGCCUGCGUGCGCGCUCAGAUUAACGCGCAGAAAACUGAUUUAUUGUGUCGCGUUGAAAAAAUAAUCGGUCGAAUGUUGUGAUGGAGGGACAGGAGUGGCGCGUUGAGUGGCAGCAGAGGCAGAUCGACGGUAUAAUUCCAAAUGGGCAGUGUCCCCGCGGGGCGUUCAACUUGCCGCCUCUAGACCGAGCAAGAGAACUCGAGCCGACUUUGCCGCCCCUGCACAAUUCGGUAAGGGAGAACUCAGUAUGUCCGCGAAGCACAUAUUCGCCGCUGCAGGCGUUAAGCGAGAGCACCUGCCGGGACCACGGGGCGCUGGCGCCGCCCCCGCCUCAGCCGCCACCACGCCUAUUCGUGGGCGCCGGCGGCGCAAGCGCAGCGCUCCACCCGGCAGUAGCGCGAUGUUCGGCGACACUUGAGCUGUCUGCACUCUGGCGUAGCUUCCACGAGCUCGGCACCGAGAUGAUAGUCACCAAGGCCGGCCGUCGCAUGUUCCCUGCAUUGCAGGCGAGGCUUUCCGGGCUGCUGCCUAACGCGGAUUACCUUCUGCUUGUGGACUUCGUGCCGCUUGACGAUAAGAGAUACCGAUAUGCGUUUCACAGCUCAAGCUGGGUAGUGGCGGGUAAAGCGGACCCGGUGUCGCCGCCGCGCAUCCACGUGCACCCGGACUCGCCCGCGCCCGGCGCGCACUGGAUGCGCCAACUCGUGUCUUUCGAUAAACUGAAGCUCACUAACAACCAGCUGGACGACAACGGGCAUAUAAUCCUGAACUCCAUGCACCGGUACCAGCCGCGUCUCCACGUGGUGUACCUACCGGGUGAGGGGCAGGGCACGCCGGGUACCGUUCCGUACCGGACAUUUGUGUUCCCUGAGACGGGAUUUACCGCCGUCACAGCCUACCAGAACCAUCGGAUAACACAACUGAAAAUAGCCAGCAACCCGUUCGCCAAAGGAUUCCGGGACUGCGACCCCGACGACUGUCCUCCUGAGCAAAGUCAACCCCGCGGCACCCCGCGUCGGCGAGAGGCAGCCCCUGAGCCCUGCCCGCAGUUAGCGCAGCCGUACGCCGCCGAGCCCAGCGCAUGCGGCCCGCUCUAUGCCCACGCACACCCCGUGCGGUACCAGCCCCACACGGCACACAACGGCGCUUACAGCGCGUACUACGCGCAUAGGUAACCGCGUAACGUCUACAUUCGACGCGUUGCGGACGCACCUUACAUACAAGACAAGAACAUGGAUUCUCAUCUAAAUAGCCGUUUUUACAAACUGGUUUAGUUUGGCGCUAAAGCUCACUGCUGAUCCGACGCAAAUCUAAAGUUGGACUUAAGUUCACUUUGAAUUUUAAAUUAGUACCUAAGGCCUACAAUCCUUUAUCAGAAUGACAAAAAUUACUUCAAUGCCCAACAGCUUUUAAAUACAUCAUAACCGUAACGGUCCACAUGGUAAACUUUAUCGAAAUAAAUCAAACCGUUAUUUUACUUGUUCAACUAAUUUGCACAAGACAUGCUAGGUACUUAGGUAAGACAAUGAAAACCAUAAGUAGCACGUAUUGCAGUGGGCUUCCCAGUAAAUUAAAUAAAUAAAAAACACAUAUGUUUCAUAUUUUCGUGUUCGAAGUUUAGAGUCGUUGAGUAAAUUUUACAUAAAUGGCAAUGGUAAUUUUAAGGAAUUGUUUCAUAUACUUUAACGGGUUACCAGAAUCAUUAGUUCGCCACUGAAAAAUAAACCAAGUACACUGAUUUAAACUUUCACGAUUAUUAAACAUUAUCAAACUGCACAACGGGACUUAAU